CUUGUCCGCCGCCCUGCGCCAUGGCGGGCUGCGCGGCGCGGGCUCCGCCGGGCUCCGAGGCGCGCCUCAGCCUCGCCACCUUCCUGCUGGGCGCCUCGGUGCUCGCGCUGCCGCUGCUCACGCGCGCCGGCCUGCAGGGCCGCACCGCGCUGGCGCUCUACGUGGCCGGGCUCAACGCGCUGCUGCUGCUGCUCUACCGGCCGCCGCGCUACCAGAUAGCCAUCCGGGCUUGUUUCCUUGGCUUUGUGUUCGGCUGCGGCAUGCUGCUAAGUUUUAGCCAGUCUUCCUGGAAUCACUUUGGCUGGUACAUGUGCUCCCUGUCAUUAUUCCACUAUUCUGAAUACUUAGUCACAGCGGUCAACAAUCCCAAAAGUCUGUCCUUGGAUUCCUUUCUCCUGAAUCACAGUCUGGAGUAUACAGUAGCUGCUCUUUCUUCUUGGAUAGAGUUCACACUUGAAAAUAUCUUUUGGCCAGAACUGAAGCAGAUCACGUGGCUCAGCGCCACGGGGCUGCUGAUGGUGGUCUUUGGAGAAUGUCUGAGGAAAGCGGCAAUGUUUACAGCGGGUUCCAAUUUCAACCACGUGGUGCAGAAUGAAAAAUCAGAAACCCAUACUCUGGUGACAAGCGGAGUGUACGCUUGGUUCCGGCAUCCUUCUUACGUUGGGUGGUUUUACUGGAGUAUCGGAACCCAGGUGAUGCUGUGCAAUCCCAUCUGCGGCGUCGGCUACGCUCUAACAGUGUGGCGAUUCUUCCGCGAUCGGACAGAAGAAGAGGAAAUCUCACUGAUUCACUUUUUUGGAGACGAGUACCUGGAGUAUAAGAAGCGGGUGCCCACAGGCCUGCCUUUUAUAAAGGGGGUCAAGGUGGAGCUAUGACACGGCAGGGGCCGAGGGGCCUCCCACUCUGUGCAGCCCAGGACAGAACUGCCUCCGGUCGGCCACUCUGCAGAAUGGAUUUUCUUAAUCAUUUUAUAUGUCACCAGUUACUCUUCUGGAAUAUCACUCAAGACCGAAUGGUCAGAAGGCCUUAGGACCAAAGGACCCCCCCGGAGCAGUCUGUUCUUGGGCUGAGUUGAGGUAGGAUGUAGAUUAAGGAUGGACAAGAGCAAAUAACAGCAAUACCCAACAGUGCCCCUCCAGAGUGCCCUGGUGAGAGCCCAGGCCACGCUCGACCCCCACGAGGCCACAGUGCAUGUGGGUUGUGACCAAGACCCCUCGGGAGAGGGGGCUCACUCAGCACGAUGAGUAAGGCUUCUGCGGCAGGACAAGGGGUGUGGGCGUCAGUGCUUAUUAGCAUUAGGAAUACAUGCAAAAUCUUAACCGGAAAACAUGACAGCACAGCUUUAACCUCCUUAUUUCUGUCCUUGAGUGCAUGAGCAUCUAUAGAAUUUUAAAGACACUUCCUUAUAAAGCACUUUGGCUCCUCCUAUAUUUAAUCGUAUUUACAUAUCUAUUUUUUAUAAAUAACAGUAUAAAUUCAAAGGGGACUCGUGGUGUUAAUAGUCCCAAUUUUUAUUUGGCAGAAAGGAAGCAUGGAUACCUCCAGGUGAUUUGGCUAAGUGGCUUUGUGUCACCAGGGCACCCCAGGUCAGGGAGACCGUGGGCCUCUGUGGCUUUCCGGGGUCUCCCAAGAGGGUGCUGUUAUCAGUGACAGGCAUGUCAAAGAUGUGUCAUUUUUCCUUUAUCCAAGAAAUGCUUACUGAACGCCUGUUCUGUGCAAGGCAUUGUUUAAACAUUGAGAAAUACUGCUCUCCAUUUAUUUGGGAUUUUAUUGUUAUUUUACCAUAGCUUAUAUAUUUUUGUGUCCAAUUUAAAUCUAUUAACUAUUGAUUUCUAUGUUCUCAAAAUUCCAUCGUCCUAAUGCCAUUUCAAACUGUCUUUUCCAAAAGGGUUUGAGAGUAUAUACAACUACAAAAUUCAAGCAAGUUGACUUAUGAAGGUCUUAAAUAGAGCAAAUAAUCUCAACUGAGAUUUAGUCAGUAUUUCUGUUUUUCAAGUUUGGAGAAAGUGAUUGGCUUUAUGAGUCAAACAUAGAAGCUUUAAGGCCCUGGUUUAAUUCUGGACUAGAUAAGAACUUGUUCUCAGUGGGAAAUCCUUCCGUGCAGUUCUGUAGUGGCACUAACGAAGUCGGCGGCAGCCCCCGCUGGAGUGCUGCUCUGCUGCCACGCCAUGCCUUGCCACGCGGCUUUCGAGGAGCCACUUAACCUUUCUGUGCCUAGACCUCCCCAUCUGUAAAAUGGGGUGAAUACCACCUACCUCACAGGGUGUUGUGAAGACUUAGAAGAACAAUGUCAGACAUUUUUAAUACUUAGAGAGACGACAUCAAUGAAAUCUAUACUGUAUAAGAGCUACACAAAAAUGGACACUUGGUUCACUGUACCAGAUACCAGAAAUGUGUGUUCAAAAGAGCAUUUUACCAACUCAAAAUAUUACUUAUUUCUAGAUUUCAUGGCCUAAUUAAUUUUUUUGUUAUUAUAUAUACCAAAGAGUUCACAGGUUCUUGGAUUACUGGUAUGACACUUGCUGGUGUGAGAACUAGACAGACUCCACUCUUGGCCCUCACAAGGGUCUCGAAGUCAGACUCUGGCCAAGGCAGCUGCUGGAGCCCCUGACAGCAGGUUCCCCUGGUGGGGACGCUCCCAGGCGAGACGUCAGCAUGCACUUGCUCUGUUUGGGAACUUGAGUUGAAUCAGUUCUAAACUUGUUCUCCAGACCACACUCCACACUUAGCGAAGUAAACUCCACUUGGUAGGACUGCAAGUGGAGGAGGGUGUAGCUGGGGUCUUGGCAGCUGUCCCCAGCUCUUUGAGGGAAAGUUCUUUCUUGCUUCAUCUAGCAGGAUUGGACCCAACUUUCAUUCCCACUGGGGGUCAUGAAGUUGUCUUUUUAACAGAUGGAGAGCAGCUAAUGAUGGCCCCUGGCUUGGUGGACGGUAAGACUGAAGGUGUUGGCAUUUGAUCUCUUCUUCCUCCACCUGCCGGGUUCAGAAAGCCCACCUUCCUGCCAGGCCUGAGCUCAGAGGGUAGGCCUUAGUGUUUGCAGCGAGAUGCUGCUUGACAUUGUAUUCUGCUCUGCUUUAAAGAGCAGUUCCGUGGGCGGGGGUAGUGAAAGAACAUUCCCACCCUAAUUUAUAAUCCCAGGGCAGAAGUCAGCAAUUACUUAGAGAUAAAAGAUGAACUACUUAGGGGCAGGAUUUGGCAAGUGAUUGACUUUCAUCUAGUACUGAGAUCUUCAGGUUAUUUUUAACUUUAUAAAUUUAGCAGUGAGCGUACACGGCAGAGAAUCAGGUUAAUGAGGUACAGGCUUUUUGGGUAUUCCCGAAAGCUUUUGGGUAAAGGCCACAUCACCAGUUCCCUCAAAUUAAGAAACCGUCAGGAGAUUUCUUUUUCCAUUGCAGGUUUUAAAGUGGAGAUUCUUAAGUGGAAAAUAAGCACUGCACAGAACAAAGCUACUUUGAAGCAGUAUAAAAUGAAACAUUUUAUGAGAAUUUGCAGGCUGUGGCUGAGAAUGGCAGUUUACAAAAAAGGUAGUGAGUGGGGUGAGCCUGGCAGAAAGCAAAAGGCAGCAUACCCCACCUUCCCUCCACUGGUAUAAACUGCUUCUUGAACGUAAAUUGUAACCUUUAUUAAUCCUUCCCGUUUAUUUAACGCUCUGGGCGAUCAGCAUACUCGGGGAAGUAUCCCAACACAUUGUGUUCAUAGAUUAGGCUCAGGGGGGUCUCGGCCCCAGCUCGUUUUGGUAGCAGCCCCUCCGUGAUAGGUACAGUAAACCACUGUCCCUCUUUGCACUUUCUUACUGCCUCACAUAGCGGUGAUCUCCCACCGUGUUUUGCUUCUGUAGUGAGCUGGCGAGGUUAGGCAGCCUCGACCUCUCCAGUGUGGUGGGAGAGGCUUGUUCUCCGUGCCCCGCUGUGCAAGCUUGUGCCCACUGUGCAAGCUUGAUGCCUUGUCCUGGGCUCGGAAGGCGGGCCAUCAGGAGUGGUCCCUAGCGCUUGCUCCCAAGGAAGCUGUCCCAUAGCUAGGAGAGUAACUUAAUGGAGUAAUUCUACUCUUCUUUUUACAUGCAGAAAUGUUGAUUUAAAUAUUUUAAAUUGGAUUUUUUUUCAUGAAUACUGAUUAUCCUUUCCAAUUCUUAAAUAAAACUGUACUUGAUUUCA